AGUCCAAAGUCUAUUGGACAGUUUAAAUAAUUACGCAAGAUGUUAUUCUGUCUUUAAGACUAUAAAAACAUGACUUAAGUUGAUUCAGUACAGUACUACAGCGCAAUAAUGUUGAUUCUUGUAACACUCGUAAUGCUCAAUUUGUGGGCUAUACCAGCAGAUGAAGUACUUUCACCAAAUAUAAAUAUCCUUGAAGAACUAGAAAAAAUAACAACCAUGGAAAAAAGGAUGAAAUCUAUGGAGAAUGAAACGGAACGACUAAAAACAGAGAACGAAGAACAAGCAAAAGAACUGAAGAUUUUGCAUGAAACAACAGUUGACACAAAGAUCAAAAUGGAUGAACUAAUGAAGCUGAAUCAAGCUCCAAAAGUGGCUUUCUCAGCCUCUCUGUUGACCUCUUUCGGACCACAAAGCGUUGGACCCUUUUUUAAUGGUUUACACACUCUGAUUUACAAGCAUGUCUUCCUCAACGCUGGAAAUGCCUAUGAUCCAAACACAGGAAUCUUUACAGCACCUGUGAGGGGAGCGUAUGCUUUCAGGGUCUUCUCCAAGGCAUCUGGACACAUAAACAGAGCUGUUACUGCAGGCCUGUUUAAAAAUGGCCAGCAUAUAAUUUCUACACAUGGACACCAAGCAAGUGGUUUUAUCAGCUCUUCAAAUGGAGUCUCUCUGCUGCUAGAAGAAGGGGAUAAAGUGAAGGUAAAUCUCUAUCCUGGACAAUGGAUUUUCGACAAUGGAGAACACCAUCACAGCACAUUCAGUGGACAUCUGCUGUUCCCCAUGUGAACCUCCAGACCGUUUAUUCACCCAGAAUAGCUUUUUAUAUAAAGGAUGCACAACCCUUAAAAAAAAUCAAUUUACUUAAUGUAAUCAAGUGGUUAUAAAAUUUAUGUAACAAAAUCAACACAAAUAUUCAUAUCAUGGCUUAGUUUAAGGCAAUAUUAUCAUUAGAGCAUAAUGCUUUAUGCAUGUAAAAUAAAAUGAAAAUGUGCAGAAUUCAGCACUUCAACUGAUGGGAAAAAAUUAAAGGUUACGAAUGUACAAAUAAUAA